CGUGGUCGUCCCGCCAUGGCACUGUCGCGGGGGCUCUCCCGGGAGCUGGCCGAGGCCGUGGCCGGUGGCCGGGUGCUGGUCGUGGGCGCGGGCGGCAUCGGCUGCGAGCUCCUCAAGAACCUCGUGCUCACCGGCUUCUCCCACAUCGACCUGAUUGAUCUGGAUACUAUUGAUGUCAGCAACCUCAACAGGCAGUUUUUAUUUCAAAAGAAACAUGUUGGAAGAUCAAAGGCCCAGGUUGCCAAAGAAAGUGUACUGCAGUUUUACCCGAAAGCUAAUAUCAUAGCCUACCAUGACAGCAUCAUGAACCCUGACUAUAAUGUGGAAUUUUUUCGACAAUUUAUAUUGGUUAUGAAUGCUUUAGAUAACAGAGCUGCCCGCAACCAUGUUAAUAGGAUGUGUCUGGCAGCUGGCGUCCCUCUUAUUGAGAGUGGAACUGCUGGUUAUCUUGGGCAAGUAACUACUAUCAAAAAGGGUGUGACUGAGUGCUAUGAAUGUCAUCCCAAGCCAACCCAGAGAACUUUUCCUGGCUGUACAAUUCGUAACACACCUUCAGAACCUAUUCAUUGCAUCGUUUGGGCAAAGUAUUUGUUCAACCAGUUGUUUGGAGAAGAAGAUGCUGAUCAAGAAGUGUCUCCUGACAGAGCUGACCCUGAAGCUUCCUGGGAACCAAUGGAAGCUGAAGCCAGAGCCAGAGCAUCUAAUGAAGAUGGUGACAUUAAACGUAUUUCUACUAAGGAAUGGGCUAAAUCAACGGGAUAUGAUCCAGUUAAACUUUUUACCAAGCUUUUUAAAGAUGAUAUCAGGUAUCUGUUGACGAUGGACAAACUGUGGCGGAAAAGGAAACCUCCGGUUCCAUUGGACUGGGCUGAAGUACAAAGUCAAGGAGAAGAAACCAAUGCAUCAGAUCAACAAAAUGAACCCCAGUUAGGUCUGAAAGACCAGCAGGUUCUAGAUGUAAAGAGCUAUGCACGUCUUUUUUCAAAGAGCAUUGAGACUUUGAGAGUGCAUUUAGCAGAAAAAGGGGAUGGAGCUGAGCUCAUAUGGGACAAGGAUGACCCAUCUGCAAUGGAUUUUGUCACCUCUGCUGCAAACCUCAGGAUGCAUAUUUUCAGUAUGAAUAUGAAGAGCAGAUUUGAUAUAAAAUCAAUGGCAGGGAACAUUAUUCCUGCUAUCGCUACUACUAAUGCAGUGAUUGCUGGGUUGAUAGUAUUGGAAGGAUUGAAGAUUUUAUCAGGAAAAAUAGACCAGUGCAGAACAAUUUUUUUGAAUAAACAACCAAACCCAAGAAAGAAGCUCCUUGUGCCUUGUGCACUUGAUCCUCCCAACCCUAAUUGCUACGUAUGUGCCAGCAAGCCAGAGGUGACCGUGCGGCUGAACGUCCAUAAGGUGACUGUUCUCACGUUACAAGAUAAGAUAGUGAAAGAAAAAUUUGCUAUGGUAGCACCAGAUGUCCAAAUUGAAGAUGGGAAAGGAACAAUCCUAAUAUCUUCAGAAGAGGGAGAGACAGAAGCUAAUAAUCACAAGAAGUUGUCAGAAUUUGGCAUUAGAAAUGGGAGCCGGCUUCAAGCAGACGACUUCCUUCAGGACUACACUUUAUUGAUCAACAUCCUUCAUAGUGAAGACCUAGGAAAGGAUGUUGAAUUUGAAGUUGUUGGUGAUGCCCCAGAAAAAGUGGGGCCCAAACAAGCGGAAGAUGCUGCCAAAAGCAUAACCAAUGGCAGCGACGAUGGAGCUCAGCCUUCCACAUCCACAGCACAAGAGCAAGAUGAUGUGCUCAUAGUUGAUUCAGAUGAAGAAGGUCCUUCAAAUAAUGCUGACAUCAGUGAAGAAGAGAGAAGUCGCAAGAGGAAAUUAGAUGAGAAAGAGAAUGUCAGUGCAAAGAGGUCACGCACAGAACAGACAGAAGAGCUUGAUGACGUUAUAGCGUUAGAUUGAACAGAAACGCCUCUAGAAAGAACCUUCUUACUGCCUUAGGUCAUCUGGGCAGAACCAGGUUGUUAUGUCCUUUGUUCCAAAGGGAAAAAAUUUACACCAGUGACUUGAAGACAAUUCUACUCCCUUUUAAAGCAUUUGUUUUGCUAGAACUAUUAGGAACAUUGCGGUAUGCUGUAUUGAAAGUAGGAAUAUAGUUUUAAAACCCUUUGAACAAAGUGUGUGCAUAACGAGUCCUGAGAUGAAACAACACAAUGCAUGUUGCCUUUUUAAUGUAAAUACUCUUAGGUAUCAUUUAAUAGUUUUAAAAUAUUGUGGUUUAGUAAAGUUGAUACCUGGUUAUAAAUAUUAUGCCUUUAUUUUUGGUUAGAAGAAGAAUUAUUUUUAGCCUAGAUCUAACCAUUUUCAUACUCUUAACUGACUGAAACAGAUUCAAAGAAGUAUCAAGUGCUAUGCAUUGAGAUUUGUUUUUAAAUGUUAACUGGCACUAUGUAUAUUAAUGUAAAACAAUGUUAAUUUACUCAAGUUUUCAGCUUGUACUGCCUGGUAUGUCUGUGUAAGAAGCCGAUUUUUGUGUAUUGUUACAGUUUCAGGUUAUUUAUAUUUGAUGUUUUGUAAAACUCAAAACUAUACUGUACUUAUGGACCAAAUAAAUGGCAUCUACAUACUUGUUCUACAUGCCUGCACAGUG